AUGGUUUCAACAAGAGGGGAUGUGUACAAUUUUGGAAUUGUAGUGAUGGAAACAUUCACAAGAAGGAGGCCAAUAGAUGAGAUGUUUGUUGGGGAAAUGAAUUUAAAUUUAUCAGAUGUUGCGGUAACAUUGGAACAGCUUCAUCAUGGUUAUGCAAUACCUAUUGUCCACUGUGAUUUGAAGCCAAGCAAUAUACUACCAGACGAUGCUAUGGUUGCACAUGUUGCUGAUUUUGGUAUUGCAAAACUGUUGUUUGGAGGAGAUUCUAUGACCCAAAUCAUGACCCUAGCCACAGUUGGCUACAUGGCUCCAACAGAGUACGAAAUGGAAGGAAUUGUUUCAACUAGAGGGGAAGUGUACAGUUUUGGAAUUGUAGUGAUGGAAACAUUCACGAAAAGGAAGCCAACAGAUGAGAUGUUUGUUGGGGAAAUGAAUUUAAAGCAAUGGGUUUCAAAUUCACUACUACCAGAUGCAGUCGUUGAAGUUGUGGAUGCAAAUUUACUUGGGGCAAAGGAAGAUCAUUUUGUAGCCAAUAGGGAUUGUUUAUCGUCCAUAAUGAGAUUAGGUCUUGCUUGUUCUGCAGAAUCACCAGAAGAAAGGAUGAGUAUGCAAGAAGUUGUGGUCACACUCAAUAAAAUCAAGAUCAAAUUUUUGAAGGACACUGGAGUUGUUUAG